AUGUUCUACGAGAUAUUCAUCCCCUCAGUCCUCCUCGUCCUCAUUGCUGCCAUUGCGGCAUUACACCACUACAGGCCAAAAUUCUUCCCCGGGCUAUGGAACACCCUACGCAACGCAGUAGUACGGCUUUACACUUACCUUCAACAGCGGUGGACCGAACGAACGUCACAAAGACAGCAAAACAGCAACGUUGCAAAGCAAGCGCCGCCGAGGGACGGCAUCGAGCUUCAGCGACGUCCGGAUACAGACAUAUCAGAGCCGUUGCCUUUCGAACCUCCCGCUGAAAACGAGCGGGCGGAGGACGAGCGUCAAAGUGACGACCUCUUCGGAGUGUAG